AUUUCACGCUGGAAAACUGUCAGGAGACACAGGGAGAGAUAAUGACGUCGCUGCUGGACCUGAAGAGCAGCGUGCUGCGGCAGGUGCAGAGGAGCCAAUCGCUGAGGAGCCAGAGGGAGGCGCCGCCCACGCCCGGCAGCCCCCUCCCCCACUGUCCGGACCCCUUACCUCGCAGGAUUUCCGAGGAGAGCGUGGAGUUUUUCGAACGUGUGAACGCCGUCCUUCAGAAGCAGGAGAACCUGCUGCGGGCUGCCCAGGCUGAGGGUGAAAAGGGGGCGUGCACCUUGCCGCCGCCCCAGGAGCACGUGGACCAGGCCUUCAUCCCCGAAAGACACCGGAGGACCGAGCUGGAGCUGCUGUACGAGGAGGCCGUGUACACCGUGGUCAACCGGGUGGGCGUUCCCUCCCCGGAGCACGUGAGGAGCGACGAGGACCUGUUCGCUUACCUGCUCAAGGCGUUUGAUAUGGGCGAAGAGGAGCAUGACAUCAUUCUCCAAAAAGUUCAAGAAUCCAAGCGAGCCACUUUUUCCUUGAGGGCUUCCGUCAUGAAAGCCAAGAAUCUGAUGGCCAAGGAUGCAAACGGGUACAGCGACCCCUACUGCAUGCUGGGAAUCCUGUUGGGCCAGAGCCCGCGGGAGACGGAGGAGAAGAAGGAGAGGAAGUUCAGCUUCAGGAAGAGGAAGGAGAAGCUGGAGAAGCGCUCCAGCACCAAGGAGGUGUUGCCCGCCAGGUGCAUCCAGGUCACCGAGGUCAAGCCGGAGACUCUCAACCCGGUGUGGGACGAGCACUUUGUGUUUGAAAUAGAUGAUGUCCACAGUGACCUUUUACACCUGGACAUAUGGGAUCAUGACGACGACGUGUCUGUUGCCGAGGCCUGCAAAAAGCUCAACGAAGUCAGUGGACUUCGAGGAAUGGGCAGGUAUUUUAAGCAGAUUGCAAAGUCGGUGCGCUCAAAUGGAUCCGCGUCAUCAGGCUCUGAGGAGAACGCCGAUGACUUCCUCGGAUGCACCAACAUCCCUUUGAAUGAGUUCCCAAUUGUGGGCUACGACACCUGGUUCAAGCUGGAGCCUCGGUCGAGUACAUCUAAAGUCCAGGGAGAAUGUCACCUGAUACUUAAGCUCUUCACCAGCCAGAGGGACACGGCUUUGUCUAAGUCUGACUCCAAUAUCUCCAUCCACAAGAAACUGCUGAGUCAGAUUAUGGAGUAUGAGCACGCUCAUGUUAAGAGAGAGCCGUACAACUGGAACGGGCGUGUGUGUCCUCCGGCGUGGACGGUGCUGACUCACCACGCCGUGCAAACGGACCUCUCGCCUCUCCAGCAGGCCGUCAUACGCUGGCAGUGCUACAGCAGCCACCACCGGACCCAGAGGGUGUGCUACUCCCUGCUGCUGCGCCUCCUCACGGCCGUCGACGCCGAGUGGGACCCCACCGCCGUGAGGGGAGACCUGGAGAGGCAGCUGUCAGACAGCUUCAGGCUGUACACGGAGCACUGCCUGUGCCUGAUGAAGAACAUGCGGCAGGUUUUCCCCUGCACCAGCGCCGCCGCCAUUAGUCGCUACGAGAUCAUGCUGAGGGGGGUCGGCUUGAUGCAGAACAUGCAGGCCUUUAAGACGGUGUGCCCCCUCCGCCACGACCUGCACAUGGACAUCACCACGGCUGUCAAGAAAGGAACGGUGGAGUGGUACGAGAGCCUGAUUGCGCGAUACAAACCGGAGGACGGGCCUCUGGAGGAGCAGCUGAAGAAGCUGGUGCAGGUGGUGGAUGCCGUGUGUGCAGACGUGCAGAGAGCCCAAAACAACUACAACAAGCUCUUCUACAGUGCAGUGAAAGUAGAUUUCUUCAGCAUAGCCUACCGGCAGUUGGAGAAACAGGUCGCCGAUGACGUCAACGUGGCGAUGGAGCGUGUUUGCGGGACUCUGGAGCAGGAGAGCUCCAAGCUGACGCAGACGAUGGGAGAGGCCAUCUUUGAGCUCUUCAUGUCCUUAAAAAUCCUCAAAGACUUCCGGGAGUUUCUUCCUCUCAAGGACGCCAAGAUGUUGGCCUUGACGGUCUUUCAUAACUGGUUCAAGUCAUCGAUUCACAAGUGGCUGCAGAUCGUUCACGACCGAUCCGGCGACAGGAUUCGUAAAGCAGUGGAAGCGGACACGCUGGAGCCCGUGCAGCAGGCCAAGCACAGCUCCUCGGCGGCGGAGGUGGCGACGUGCUUCGGCCAGGUCCGCGAGAUCUGGCUCCAGCUGGCCUGGCCGGACUCUGCGGGGGCCUUCAUCUUCGUCACUCGCCUGACGGAUAAUUUCUGCAGCGAGGCCGUGUGCUACUCGGAGAUGAUGACACGGAAGAUCGAGAGGAACCAGCUGGGCCGAGACCACAAGAGCUUCACAGUGCAGCUGUGCAUCGGCCUGAACGACACGGAGCACGUGCGUGUUUUCCUGGCUCAGCUGCCCCGCGACCUGGACUGGCCGGGCGUGGAGCGGGCCAUGGAGGAGUCGUGCGGCGCCGAGGGGAAGGAGCAGGUGAACAAGGCGCUCCACGGCCAGCUGUUCAACGUGGACCUGGACCUGCAGAGAGAAGCCAAGCGGCUCAUCACGCUGCUCACCGACAAGAUGCUGCCGGAGCUGCGGAGAUACAUCCAGCACAUCAGCUUGUCUCCAGACUCCAUCAACAACGACGACGCUGUGUCGCCCCUCAUGAAGUACUUACAAGACACCAUGGUGAUCCUCACCGAACACCUCGUGAAGGACAAUCUGACAAAAGUCCUCCAGAGCAUGUGGGAGCUGCUCCUGCGCAUGAUGCUCGACGAGGUGGCAGAAAACCGGGGCGUCCAGGUGGAGUUCUACAACCGCUUCCAGUACACGGUGGAGACCCUGUUGCAGUUCUUGCAUGCCAAGGGGGAGGGUCUUUCCCUGGAGGACAUGAAGAGUGGCGACUACAAGGUCCUGGACGAGGAGCUCAGGCUGAAUAAAUGUCCGUCCUUUGAGCUGAUAGAGCAGUACUAUCUGGAGAAGAUUUCACAACAGAAAACCCUGAAACACACCCGCUACGGCCGCAUCAGUGUGAAGUGCUACUACGACGCUCCGGAGCAGAGGCUGACGGUGGAGUUGCUGCACGCGGCCGACAUCAUCGCCCUGGAUGCCAACGGCCUGAGUGACCCGUUCGUCAUCGUGGAGCUCUGCCCUCACCACCUGUUCCCGAUGGCCAAGAGCCAACGCACGCAAGUCAAACUGAAAACCCUGCACCCGGUCUUCGACGAACUCUUCUCCUUCCACGUCAGCCCCGAGCAUUACAGACACCGGUUCGCCUGUCUGACCUUCACCGUGAUGGACUACGACUGGCUCUCCACCAACGACUUCGCCGGGGAAGCCGUGGCUCCUCUCAGCGACUUCUGCUGGCCGGGGAGGCCGAACGCCUCGCCUGCCGGCAAGAGCGUCCCGCCCGUCAUCCUCCACCUGUCCCGCAGCAAACCCAGCGAGAAGCCAAUCAUGAGGAUGCUGGACGCUCGCAUCGGCGACAAGGAGGCUCAGGAGUUUGUCCGCAGGCUGAAGGAGAUUGAGAAGUCGAUGGAGGAGGAGUAGAGGCCGUCCGCGUCGGCAUUUUCUGACCACGUCUUGCGAACAUGUGCUUUUGUACUGGUUCCAUGUUUUACAAUAUUUGAAUUUCUUUCCCAACGUUAUCGUCAGUAAUUAUACCAAAAGAGGGAGAGAGAGAAGAAGAAAAAAUGAAGCCGCUGAAGCUUAUCGCUGUUUUUCCCGGGAGACGAACAUCCUGUCACUGUGCGACCCUUCGCUGUCUGUCACACUAUAUUUUAUGAAUGGAUAGUUGAUGCCUCAGCGUUACCAGUCUAUAUUUUUUGUAACGAGGUUAUUUGUUAUCUUUGUUGUACGAUCUUUGAUAUGAUAGAUUUAACGUUUCAGAACUAUUUUGUGGAAGUAGCUAAUGUAUUCUAUCGUGUAUCGUCAGAGUCUAAAUCUAUACCUCAAAUAUGCUCAGUAGUUGCAGGGGAGUAACAAGUACGAGACUUUACAACGCACGAAUGACAAUACCGACGUACUGAAGGAAACCGCGAAGACACAUUUAGCUUUUGGGGGAUUGCUCCGAGUCUCGGUGUGUUGCGGCCGGUCAUUCGGCUCAGCGGCGGCGGGGGCGAACCCUCCCCUGUGGCGCGCGCCGCAGCUCGGGUUCAUUGGGCUUUUUCAGAUUGCUCUUCACGACGCUCACGAUGGGUCACCGGAGAGGCCACGUACCAAUUCUUUUAACUCGGUUCCUUCUCGCCGUCUGACACCAGCGAGGCAACAUCUCUGGAGGAGUGUAUGUGACGGGUUGGCUGGCAACAACUGCACUAAGUGAAAGUUGUUCAGCACACUGACGGCAACAGAAAUCACGUCCGUCAUCUUUUCACGAGGAAAAAUGGGUUUAUUUAGAGAACUGAUGUCCAAUUACGUUAGUAUUUUACUUUUUACGGCUUCAUUUAAUCAUCCACUUUCCAGUUUAAUGAGCUACACAUCAAUAUGUUCGCAACUGAAACUUAAUUGUGAAGCACCAAUAAUGUUUAGCAUGUUUGGCUGUCAUUUUGAGGAGGUUGAUAUCACUCUCAUAUCUGCAGAGUAAAUAUUAAAGUACCUCCAGCUGCUAGUUAGCUUAGCACAGUUGACCUGGAUCUGUCCGACAGUAACAAAGUGCACCUAUCAGUACCUCUCAAGCUCACUAAUGUACACAAAUGCAUUGUAAUCAUGACACAUUGUCGUAGUAAGAGUCGGCGUGAAGGUCAAACACACAAUGUGUACAGAAUAUAACUGCUACAGAUUUUGGUGAUUUAUGUCCCGUCCAUGUUGCUAGCGAGAAGAAAUUUACAAUUUGAUAUUUACCGCCCUCCGCCGACUCUAUAUUUAUUUUUAUUUCCCCAUAGAUUGGCUCUAAUACGCAAUCAUAGUAUACAGACAUGUACGUUUUUAAAGACGACAAAUUUUUUUCAACGAGUAAACAAAAUGUUUUCGGAGCUAGCUCACGGACUAAGUGACCAGUUAGCCCAGUCAAGAAAAGGUCACAUGACCUCCAUAAAUCCACAACGUGUCAUGUUCAUACUCAAACUCUUAAACAGGUUCAAGCUCUCAGGUUCGCCAGAUGGAAUUAAAGUUAUUACCAAAAAGUUAUUUAGCAUUCGAACGUUGGUUAUAUUUAGUUAUUAUUUCAGAUUAUUUCAAUAAAAUAAAAAAAGAAUACUAUUUUGUCAACUUAACUUAUCGUUUAAAUGAGAACACCAAAUAAAUUAAACAGAUUUUACAUUUUGUCAUCCAUUUAUGGAGUUCAAUUUGAUGAUUAAUUGCUCUUAUUUUCUCGAGGGAGCAGAAGAAGAAUGAACUAUUCAUGCAUUCCUGGUUAUGGGGAUACAGCAGGAGACCCUGAUAAUUGAAAGGGAGAAAAUGCACUCUGACGUCCCGUCCCCAGAGAUAACGCAGUGUGUUGCUCAGUGUGCGGCCAGAUGGGAGCUAAUUUGCAGCUAAUGAGCUCAUGGAGCGUUCAGAAAGUUAUGGAAACGGCCGUAAAACACUUCAAGGCCUUUUAUGAUCGCAACUUUAAAUGAUAUAGGCUCAUCACAGGGUUUAUACAAGGACCCACGUGUGAGUCUGAGUGCCAGUGUGCGAGGUAAAGAGAAAUCAAAAGCAUAAUGAACCCGUGCAGUGGCAUAAUUAUACAUGAGGGGGAACGGCAGCAGCUCUCAUUGGACUCACCGCUUUAAUUCAAUCCUCCGAAGCCAUGUGAACUUAAUGUUAGAAUACAAAUAUGUGAGCAAAAAAGAAAUUAUGUUGUGGAAAAUAUCAAAUUUGUAUGCAAAUGAAACAUUACUAACCAACUCAAAAAAGAACAUGUUAUAUAUUUUACUCUGGUUGCUGUGACUUAGAAAACCAAUGUUAUCGUAGCAAGUCGCAAGGCCCAGUUCUCUGGACAGGAUUAGAUCUAAAUCUAUAAUAGUUAAUCAUGUCUUUAAAAGGGAAAACUAGUUUUCUCAUGGAGUACUUUUGGAUCCCACGAACCGGUCGGCUGUGUCAGUCCUCAGAGUUCACUAACGAGGUUAAUGUGAAUCAGCUGUGUUGUCCUCAUUACAGCUGCCACUGGUUCCAAAACUCCCACGACGUCGUGGACUCCAAAGCCCAAAACAGAUCAAUUAAUGGAAGCAUAAAAAAUACUUUAUGAGUCAAGAUUUUUUUCACGUCUCUCUAAUGGCUGAAAAUUAAUCUGACUUUUCAAACGAGAUGUGUAAUUUAAUAUAUAUAUAUAUAUUAGGCCCCUUUGUGUAUUUAAUCUGACUUUUCAAACUAGAGGUAUAUAUAUAUAUUUAAAUUACACCUGUAGUUUGAAAAGUCAGAUUAAAAUAUAAAUAUAUAUAAUAUAUAUUUAUAUUUUAAUCUGACUAUAUAUAUAUAUAUAUAUUAAGCCCCUUUAGACCUGGUGGAGCUCUAGACUUCAAAUAAGUCAAAUACUUCAAAUAAUACUGACUUAAAUGGACUAUUUUGAGUUAACCUGAAGUAUAUUUAGGAUGUCAUUUUGACUUAAUUACAGUCCAGAAAACUGGUCCUUACUGUCACAAAUGUAGCUGAGAGUUUACACUGUUGAACCCAUAAGAUGAGGCAGCUCCUCUACUCAACCCAAGAAGAAGAAUAAAAGAACCCGCUACUUGAUGUUGAGUCAGCCUUUGCAUGUUUAGCUUGGUAUUCUCAAUUUGGGCCUUUUGGGAGUUGUUAACGACUGUUGCCGGUUUUUAAAAUGUGUCACUUUUAUUGUAGCUUGAUGACCAGACAACAGGAUCACACUGUAGCGAGAGCGGAGUGCCGGACCUCUCACGCCGACAGCAUUUUAUUAGUGAUGUAACUUAAAAGUAGCUGCUUGUUGUCGUCUCUCUGUGGAGUCGUGAGGAUGAAGCACGCAAAAAACUAAAUACACACAUCUAUGCCUGCAGGGUGGGCUGCGUUGAGGGAUGAAUCCUCUCUGGCCAUCUGAACAGCGCAUGCCUCCAUGUUUUAUUUUAGAUUUGAACACACAGGCAGAAUGUGCAACUAUCACUGGCCUCUUUCAUCGUAAACGGGACCCGACAUAUCCAAAACAAAGAUGGAAGGAUAUAUAUAUAUAUAUAUAUAUAAUGAAUGGCUAGUUACUGAAAUAUUCUUAAUUAUUAAGUGUGGCAGUGAUAUUUUCUCUGCACUCAAAACCAUCGACUGUAUUAUAACCAGAUAUUCUGGCCAGAUGUUUACACAAAUACAUUCAACCUCACAUUAUACAAUACAGAACUUUAAGAUAUUAUAUGAUAAAAUGUAUACUGGGGUCACAAUCAAACAUGUUUACAGUUUUAGAUUGAAAAUCUAGAUUCUUGGAGCGAAUACAAAUGGCUAUGUUCAGUAUUGUAGACGUCCUUCUGUUGCCCUUAUUAGGCGGUCAGUAUUAGUUGAGUAAAUUGAUUUUAUUCUGGUGAUUUUCAAAAGAUUCAAAUGCAGUAUUUUAGUCUUCAAAAUGUCCAGUGAAGUUGUAAGAUCAUUGUAUUCAUUUCCUACAAAGAGCUUUACACAAAAGACAAGUUUUGCUGAUCAUGAAUUAAAAAAAGGGAAAGGAUAUCAGACUGUGAAUUUGACAGAAUAUGAUCAACAUUUUUAGUUUCAUGACCGUGCAGCUGACAUAUUUUUGUUUACUAAUAUAUAGAAAUAUUUACCGAAACUAGUAUUUGGAUUGUCGUCUGCUGUCCAAAUUAAAAGCCACCAGCCGGUGAAAAUGUAUCUUCAAGAAGCAAAAAAGCCUUCGAUUUGUUAUCGUAAAAAAAAGAAAAAUAAGUGAAUUAUUUGUCCUUGAACUGUAAAUGCCUGUGUUGCUGUUUACUGGAAUAUUAUACCUUUGGGAGAUGUCUAUGACCUUGAAUAAAGAUUGUAUCUAAAUUUGAA